AUGCUGCGGAGGAGGUUGUUGCCUGAGAGUCAUCGUUACGCCUCAUGGCCGCUGAUUUAUGAAACAUCGCAGCAUGGCAUUAAGACAUUAGACGUGCGUGAGUACCGCCCGUUGGCGACCCCGAUUGAAUUCCGCUUUUACCAACGCUACGCCAAUCACCCGAAUCGGCAGUCCGGCAUACAAUUUCUUACACACUACAACACCCACCAACGAUUCCGUGUCAAAAAGGACUACAUCGAUUACAUGCACUGGGGAAAGGAGCAGGGCCAGGCACGCCUGCCGCAUCGUCAUCAACGUGUUGCCUUUGACUUUGAUGACCAGCUGCACCCCACACGGACGCUUGACAACGAGGGCGACUCCUACGCAUGGUGUGCGGAGCAGGAUCCCACUUUAGGCCCUCAUCCAGACCUGGAUGCAUCGUUUGAUCCAAAUCGCCGCGUCUUCUCUCAUCCUGAGCAUUGGAAUAAAAUGUUCUCCAAGCGGCGCCCUGGUGAAGGCAGGAUUGAUUUGCGUGUGCUGCCGUCACAAAGUCUGCUUGGACCGCUCAUGGAACAGUCAGACACUCAGGGGGCGGCCUAUUUUAGCUACGAUAACCGCGGUCACAGUAACGGUAGAGUGCCCGGCCUGAACACUCCCUUCUUUGGUGAGUUUGAUCGCAAAAUGAUGCAGGCCAUGUCGAGACCACUCAACGCCGACCGCACCAUUACGGGCAAUGACGGCCGUUUCUCCAAGACCAUCAUGAUUAAUGAACCAAAAACGCAUCAGGCCCUGAGUGGAAAGACGGCUAGUGAGUUGAGCGUUGAAAUUGACAUAGCGACAAACGCUGUGCACUCGAAGCUCACUGUUCUGGAGGCGGCCCAAUCCGGGCUGACAAACUACUUCUGUGGUGGUCUCAACUUUGAGAUGCUUGGUUUUGACCUCCAUAUGGCAGAGAUGUUGCGGGAAAAGGCGAGGGCCAUUCUUAACGGUGUUGCAAGCGUCUCUUCCACUUCUGUGAUGGUCACGGCAACUUCUGUUCCUACCAAAGCGCAGGAGCGCGAGGUGGGGCAGCUGCUUCGGGAUGCAUUGCGGUAUGAGGAUCGUGUGGAUGAUGCAAUUCGUCAACAUGCCUCACUUAUAUGGCGGGUCUAUACUGCCCCGCGUCCAUUGAUGGCACUGACAAAUGGUAAAUGUCGGGGUACGGGCUGCGGGGUAUCGCUUUACUCCAAGUACUGUGCUCUCAAGGAUGCAUCGGAGUUUAUCUUUGACGGUCCAAAUCUGGGCAUUACUCCAUAUGGUGGUCUUACACGUUUGCUUGCACGUCCCGAAACUUCAUUGAAGUAUCCAGGCCUUGCAGAGUUUAUUAUGUUGACUGGGACUUCCCUUUUUGCAGGCGAUGCACUUCGUCUUGGCUGGACCGAUCUCUUUACGACCCUGCCAGACAUGAGCUACCACAUUAAGGAUUGGUUUGACACCACAGAACAUAUGCACAAUGAUGCGGUUGCCUGGCAGCUGGGGCAUCUUCUUGAGACAUGUUUCAAGAUGAAAGAGGCGCACUCAUCGGCGAUGGAGCGUGUUGCCAUUACUCCUGUGCGGGCACGCUGGAUUGAGGAUUCCUUUGCGGAUCAACCUUCUGUUAACCACAUCAUUAACACCCUGAGCGAAAUUGAGCGUCUACCUAUCACGGCAAAGCAAAACACGUGCGAUCAAACGCGGUGUACGCCAUAUACCCUUACGAGUGUCGAGGCUGGGAUAUCCAAGUUGGAGAAGCAUCGCCUACGGUAUACCCACUCCCCGUGGGACAUUACACCCCCAGAAGAUGAGGUGGCGCUUCAACACGCAUCAGAAAUAUUUAACGCAUAUGUACUGGAGCGUCGUGGUACAUUUAAUGUUGUGGUUCAUAGAGAUACAGAGAAACUGGCCGCCUGGAAUCGCCAACGGCAAGAGGAAUAUCACGCCUAUCGUAGUUUACGUGCUGCACCUCAUCCACGUCAUGUUUACGCUCGUCUGGAGGGUUGCGAGGGAAAAUUGGUUUCCUUUGAUUUUGUUUUUUCUCUACAAGAAAAACAGAAGGAUCAAAGGGGUGGGAAUAAAGAAGGGGAGGAAUUACAACAAACCGCAUGCCUUGAUGCAUUGAAGAGACAUGUGCUAACCUCCUUUGGUAUGCCGGAUGAUCGCGACAUUGAGCUAGGCUGGUAUUUACCUACCCUGGACACAUGUCCCAUCCACAAUGAUGUAGAACUCAUGCAGUUGCUUCAUGCGGAUCCCGGCAUUGAGGAUCCAAAGGCGCAGUUAAAAUACCCACCCAUCUACUUUAUCGUGAAACGUAACUCUCUCUAUUUCUCUGAAUGGGCGUAUGCUGUAAAGCAUCAGCUGUUACUUCAGUCACCCUUUGCACUACGGGCAGCGUACGAGAUGUUACUUGAGGUACGUGGGGAUGGAUCGGCUGAGCGUGUUAUGCCCUUGGCGGAGUCACUAGCAACAGAGUUUAAAUAUAUUUCACGACUUCUUCGGCGACCAGACUUUUACCGUGUGGGUGUGCACACUGACAAAUCUGCGGAGGCGUGGGAGGAGAUUCGAGAGGAGCGUCAACGCAAUUUACAUAAGACACACCAACCAACUCGACCAUUGCCUGACUUUGAAGACGUAUUUGAGCGUAAUGUUGAGAUUGAUGGUCACCGAUUCCUCCUACGGCCUCGUUGGAGCCCACGCACUUUGCAAGAAGUCUUAGAUGUGGAUGUGAUGCGACUACACACCUCUUUGGCGUACCAGGACGAGGGUAUUGCCCCGCUGCAUGUUCCUACACAGUGUGCCAAGGCAAACCGUAUUAGUGAUAUGGUGGAGGAUGCAGGUGGCUUGGAGGUGGUGCCUGGACUUGGCGAGUUGGACGCCAAGGGAACCCCUUUGGUGCCGCCGCUGCAAUCCAAUGCUCAUGUGCCCCAAAAUGUCAGUUUCUACGAAAUGGCGCGGCACCCAUGGGAGGAUGCAGCUUCAUCUUGGCGACGUGACGGCUUUACUGAAGGGUCGCUGGCAAAUUAUGAGGCGCAGUACCGUGCAGCGGAACGUGCCGUGUACGACGAAGAGGGUCGCGGAGGACAUAAUUAUUGGCCUUCUCGUGAGGCAUCGGAGGGUGUGACAAGCGAGGAAAAAGACGCCGCUCUUCUACUAGAGCGUCUCUUUAAACCGCUUGAGGAGGCCUUAUCGGGGGUUGAACCAUGGGCUCGUAAUCUGCGUCGCAGCGCAAGCGAUGGGAAGCUGGGAUACAAGACAGAGAUUGCAACACCCGAGGAGAAGAUCUACGACGACGAGUACUACCGCUGGUUUAUUCAGCCCGGUCACCACCCGAACCCAACGGGCCUUACCAACGUUCACAAGGGCUCUUCAACGCAGCAAGGCUCUGAUGCCGCGGAGUUUGAACGUAUCUGGCGCCAUGUGGUUUCCGGUGUUGAUGGUAGGAAUGCGUCAGAUGAGGCAGAAACAGCAGCAGAGGAUGGAGAGGAGGAGGGUGACACACAAGUGAACGAGAAGGACCCUGUUGUGCCAAAUGAUGAGGAGGAGGGCGUCUAA